UCUCAGAACACUCUUGUUCAAGUUGACAAUGAAGUCACGAGCCUAACCAAACCAAUGAAACCAUCAACUGAUCGACAACCUCAUCAAUGCCGCCAAACCCAAGCACCUAACCACACCCACACCCCCUGAACUGAAUCACUGACUCACCCGACAACCCAUUGCGAAUUAACAUUCCACACCUAUUAGCAUGAGCUUCACCACCCCUCCUUUAUUUAAGGCUCUCAACUACUACUCCAGCUCCCUCUUCUCCUCUUCUUCUUAUUCGCUUCGUUCCAGUUUCAUCUAUCUCACCACCACCAACCAUUUCCUCUGCUUAUCACACACUCGCCUUCUCUCUUCCUUGCAACCUGGUUCAUCUAUGGAGGUGGUAAAAGAAUCUAGUCAUGGUUCUGGAACUCAGGACAGUGUUGCUCUUAAAUCAGAUAACAAAAUUUACAGUUACAAUCAACUAAUUUCUUCUGCUCGGAGUAUAUCUGGCUUGUUAAGUAAUGGUGACUUAAACAUUUCCAAUGCAACAACUGAUGGUGCACGAGGACUUGGGCAUCUUAGAGGUGCUCGUAUAGGUAUUGUGGCCAAGCCCUCCGCUGAAUUUGUUGCUGGUAUACUCGGGACCUGGCUUAGUGGAGGUGUUGCAGUUCCACUUGCUCUCAGCUAUCCUGAGGCUGAGCUUUUGCAUGUGAUGAAUGAUUCAGACAUCUCCAUGAUAUUGAGUACUGAAGAUCACCAACAACUUAUGGAAAACCUUGCUGCUAAAUGUGCUGCUCAAUUUUCUCUUAUUCCACCAGUUCCCAGUAGUGGUACUUCACAUGCAAGUGCAGAUGGUCAUUUACAGGCGGGAGAAGUAGAUGCAGAUACAAUUUUUCACAGGAAUGGAAAGCAGUCAAGUGAGGAUCCAGCAUUAAUAAUAUACACUAGCGGUACAACAGGGAAACCUAAAGGUGUUGUCCACACCCACUGCAGCAUUAGUGCACAGGUCCAAACUCUGGCAGAGGCGUGGGAAUAUUCAUCUGCUGAUCAGUUUUUGCAUUGUCUUCCACUACAUCAUGUCCAUGGGCUUUUCAAUGCUCUACUUGCCCCCCUGUACGCAGGUUCCACGGUUGAAUUUAUGCCAAAAUUUAGUGUGAGGGGUAUUUGGCAGAGAUGGCGUGAAGCAUACCCGAAAAAUGGAACUAAGGCAGAUGACGGCAUAACUGUCUUUACUGGAGUUCCGACCAUGUAUACUCGAUUGAUACAAGCUCAUGAAGCCAUGGAUGCAGAGCUCAAAAUUGCAUCUGCCUAUGCUGCAAAACAGUUGCGUCUUAUGAUGUGUGGAUCAUCUGCUCUCCCUGUUCCUGUAAUGCAGCAAUGGGAAACUAUCACAGGGCAUCGUCUCUUGGAACGAUAUGGCAUGACAGAGUUUGUGAUGGCAAUAUCAAAUCCCUUCAGAGGUGAACGCAAGGCAGGCACGGUUGGAAAACCAUUUCCUGGUGUUGAGGUAAAGAUCGUUGCAGACGAUGAUAGUAAAACUGAUACAAUGGGAGUGGGUGAGCUUUGCGUUAGAAGUCCUUCAUUGUUCAAGGAAUAUUGGAAACUUCCUGAGGUAACUAGAGAAUCAUUUACAAAUGAUGGGUUCUUCAAGACUGGGGAUGCUGGUACGGUGGAUAAAGAUGGCUACUACAUUAUAUUGGGACGUACAAGUGCCGAUAUAAUGAAGGUUGGUGGGUACAAAUUAUCAGCUUUAGAAAUUGAAUCAAUUCUUUUAGAGCACCCAUCUGUAGAGGAGUGUUGUGUAUUGGGCUUAUGGGACGAAGAUUAUGGAGAAGUUGUCUGUGCAAUAGUAGUACCAAAUGAAGAAGCAAAGAGGAAACAAGAGAAAGAAAAGAGACCUGCUAUAAGCUUAGAAGAGCUACGCUCUGGGGCUAAACUCAAACUUGCGCCAUACAAGCUACCAACACGACUUUUCGUGUGGGAUUCACUACCUCGUAAUGCUAUGGGAAAGGUCAAUAAGAAGGAACUGAAGAAAGUUCUGGCUUCUGACCAAGAGAUCUGCUUGCAAGACGGAAAUAAAUAGAUUAGCGGCACACAACUUGAGGCUUUAAAAUAAAGUUUUCAAUCUGAAGCUGGAAGACAUCCUUCAUUUUCAUGCGUCAUGCGCUUAGGUAAUGUUCCCAUAGAUAUGGCUGGUAAUUUGAUCUAGUAUAGUAGAAAUAACACAGUAGUUGAAGGAAAGGUUGAAGCUAGUCAUGAACCCAAUAAACUGUUUUCUUUCUUUGUAUAUCAUUUCUUAAUUAAAAGCAGUUGAUAUAUCAGCCUGUUUUAAAGAUAAGUUACAAUGACAUGAUAUUACUCAUCUCAUAUAGAGGUGCUGCACCGUC